UGGGGAAUGAGUGUUGCCCCUCUCCGCUGCUCAACUCCGCCCCUAGUGAACCUCUACCUAGCAGUCCUCGAGCGACAAUUGCCCGGAGCCUUAUUCUUCUCCUUUCCGCUUCUUUGUCUAAUCCGGCCAGCAGUGUGUUCCUCCGUCCGCCCGUCCCUUCGCUUCUUAUCACUAUCGCGAGAGCGCUGCCCAGCCCGGACAUGGCGCCCACGCCCCCGAGCAAACAGUCCUCAGACUCCGACAUCGUCGGCAUAUACACCUCUGAGAAUAUCUCGCUGGACGUGCCCGCCGUCGGCCAGGAUGGAAGACCGCCGCCGGUGAAAUAUUCAUCGCUCCCCACCUACCAUUCCCCGCUACGACACCACAAGCGAGCGGCGUCCUCGACGAGACACGUCAAGGAAACGCUCAAUGCGCGGUCCGAAUACAGCAACAGCGAAGACGACGGGACCGCCCAACACCGCAUCAACCAGUACCUGAUAAAGCAGGAGAUAGGCCGAGGAUCUUUUGGAGCGGUCCAUCUUGCCGUGGACCAGUAUGGCCAAGAAUAUGCUGUUAAGGAAUUCUCCAAGUCGCGCCUGCGGAAACGGGCUCAAUCCAAUCUCCUCCGCCGCCCGAGUGCCCGACGGCGACGGCAAGGCGCGCUGGCUGCUGGCCUGGGAUUCAAUUCCCCACUACACCGCCAUUCCUCUUCGGAAGAGAACAACUCGCUGGACCUGAUCAAGGAGGAAAUCGCCAUCAUGAAAAAGCUCAACCACCCGAACCUCGUCUCGUUGAUCGAAGUGCUCGACGACCCAGAAGAGGACUCGCUGUACAUGGUCAUGGAAAUGUGCAAGAAGGGCGUCGUCAUGCAAGUAGGUCUCGAGGAGCGCGCAGAUCCAUAUCCUGAGGAGCAGUGCCGCUGCUGGUUCCGAGACAUGAUAUUAGGCCUUGAAUAUCUUCAUGCUCAAGGUAUCAUCCAUCGCGACAUCAAGCCGGACAACUGCCUCGUGACAGAAGACGACGUCUUGAAGAUUGUCGACUUUGGCGUAUCGGAGAUGUUUGAUAAGCAGGAGCAGAUGAAGACUGCCAAAUCGGCCGGUUCGCCAGCCUUUAUGCCGCCGGAGCUAUGCGUGCCUAAGCAUGGGGAAGUCGAUGGGAGGGCUGCUGACAUAUGGUCCAUGGGUGUCACUCUCUACUGCCUGGUAUUCGGCAAGAUACCGUUCGAGAAACACGGCAUGAUCGAGCUAUAUCAGUCAAUACGAAUGGAUCAGCCAGAGUUCGAAGAAUGCAGUGAGGGUAUCAGGGAUCUUCUAUGCAGACUUUUGGCAAAGGACCCGGGGCAGAGAAUCAACAUGGACCAGAUUCGCGAACACCCUUGGGUCACAAGACAAGGAACGGAUCCGCUAUUGUCCAAGAGAGAAAACACUGCUGUCAUAGUGGAACCACCUACUGACGAAGAAGUCAAUGCGGCCAUUACCGGAAACAUGGGGCAUCUAGUCACCGUUGUCCGAGCGGUAAAACGCUUCAAGCAACUUCUGUUCAGGAGAAGGCCCGAAAGAUUCGAGAGCAUACUGGGUACUGCCUCUAGGAUAGUGCAGCCUCCCCUAUCCAUGCGACCCUCUGCUCUUCGAAAAUCGAAAUCGCAAGACACAGACGAUCGUCGACCGAUUGAAGCUGCCCUCACGACCGAGGGCGUCCAUCGCGAAAUUGAAAUCGAUGGCAAUGACUAUCGCACUCCGCAUAGUAUCGAUGAAAUAGCCUAUGCGAAGCCCGGUUUCCGCGCCGCCAUCGUAGGAGAGAAACCAUCAAUAAAGGGCCCAGUAACCAGUAGUCCGCUCUCUCCUCAACCUGUUGGUGUCACAGACGCAAGGGUAAUUCACGAAAGCAUGUCCUAUCGGCCGCCGGCCACCAAGCCCAUUUUGAUUCCCACCGCCCACACCGUUUCAGCUCCAGCCACGCCCGUCGGGAAAGGUCACGCACAUGACCCGCUGGAAGACACACUCUUCUUAAAUAUCGGCACUGGCGAAGACUACGCGCCACCUCCAGAUGACUGCCCUAUCGUCUCCGAGUCGCCCGGCGCCGUUGAUAUCAACGUCUACGAGACUGCUUACCGCGAAGAAGUAGACAAGAUCCUCAAACGCAAAGAAGGCCGGCGACCCACGCUGUACCUCACCCGCCGCGUCGAAAAUGCUACGGGCAUCCGCGAGAGCGACUGCAUAUUCGACCACGGGAAGUCGCCCACCGAGAUCAAGGGUGACCUCAAGGGCGGGAUUAAGGGCCUCGUCGAAAAGGCCAAGAAGGAGAUCGAGCUGAGGGGCGAGUUGCAGAAGUUGAACGAGGGAAAAGAAGGUAAGCUCAGCCGCGCCGUGAGAAAUGUGCGCGAGGCUAAGAGGGCGGUAGAGGAAGAGAGGGAAAUUAUUAGAAGGGAGGAUAGGGAGAAAGGGAGAGACCGGGAGAGGAGUAGGAGCUCGACACCAGCGAACAACAGGAUUAGUCGCAGCGGGACGCCUGUUCUGCUCGAAAAAUAGCGCCGGUCGGAGGCGACGGUGAGGGUCUGAGUGUAACGACAGGUCACACAGCCCUGGCGGUCGACUUGUGAGUCACUGAGCAAAACUCAUUGCAAGACAUGGAGAUCGGGAGUCACACGGCAUUGGCGAGCAUUGGGCACAAAAGAUGCAUUGCCUCACUUCACCUUGGGCUUAGACUGUAGCGAACACGACUUGUUGGAUACGUGUUUAUGGAAUAAGGAUGAAACAGUGCAAUCAUGCCUGGCUUCUGUGUGCCAAAUCCUUACCACAGUGAUGUCUGCAACGCCAUGGACGUAUGGGCCUUCCGU